AUGGCAAUGCCAGGUUACGCAGCAACAGCGUCAGUCAUUUUGAUGAUGGUACCACAAAGCAGUGACGCCGACACUGCAACCGCAGCGCACGCCAGCGUUUAUAAAGCUCUGUGCAGUGUAUUACAACUACAAGCAGGGAAGAUCAAAGCUCCAGACCAGGAACAGGAAUGGCAAAACGCAAUGGAGACUAUCAACGACGUUAACAUGACUUUAGGGGGACCCGCGUGGGUAAAUCAAUUUCUAAAACCAGACGGAACCCAGAAGCAAUGGGACCCGCAAACGUCGCCAGCCAAAGAAAAUUCUCACUGGGCUUCCAGCUGGGCGGAAUGGGCAGCAAGCGCCGAAAGAGUCUUCAAGAAGCACGGCGCCGACAGCAGACCCAGCAACUUCUCCAAACUAUCCAUAACAGACCAACAGCUAAAGCUUGCGCGAACAAGAAUGAGCCUCAUUCUAGAACAAGCUUCAACCCUACAGACCAAAAUCAAGAGUCUUCAGGCAGCCAUCGACAAUGCCGAACCAGCAAAGAUUAAAAAACUGCUCACAGAGGCGGCGAUCGGAACAGGGGAAGCGGCAAAAGAGUUCACCGAUGCCGGGAAAACAUCAGCGGCAAGGGCCUCGGCAGCUUUCUGCGGAGCAGGCACGGUAACAGGCACUGACGACUGCUUAGCGGACAUUUUAAUUUGUGUAUGCACCCAAGGAAACUCAGACAUCCCAACGGGCGCAAACAAGAUCUGCAGUGAUCACGCCAGCAACCAUGCACCAAAAGCACAUAACCUGGCAGCGGAAAACGAUAUCAAAAACCAAUACGACGCCUUGGUAAAAGACUGUAACUUCAAUACGGAGGAGGAAAUAACACCGGACAAGAUGCUCACAGCGCUGCGGAGCUUAGAAAGCCACAUCAAGAUUUUCAAAACGGACGCUUACUUCGGCACCACUGACGGAGCAGCGACCUGCGACGGGACAAGAACAAACGGCGUUUGCUUCAAAAUGCCCAAAUAUAAAACAGGCAAAAAAGGUAUGCAGGAGCUAGCAUGGGCAACAAAAAUUGAAACUGCAGCAGCAGCAAUGCGAGCAGGAGCAACAGCAGCAAGCACAAGCAAUGCCUUAGCAGCUUCUCUAACGCUCCUCUCAAAGGCAGCCGAAGGACUGGCAUCUGAGAGCAAACUAUUUGCAGCAGCAACAACGGGGCAAAGUAGCGGCAACCAACCCGCAACAGACCACCUAAGAGCCACAAAGGAAGCAGAACGAGUUUGCAAAACAGCAAACGACAACCAGAAAGAAUGUGAAAACUUAAAGGAUAAGGGGUGCGUUUUUAACCCCAAAGGAGGCGAAGGAAAAAAGUGCACAUUGAGUGAAGAGGCCAAAAAGAAAGUAGAAAAAGAAAACCAAGAAAAAUGGUGGAAUGAUGGGAAACGUGAGUCAAAUAGGUACACAAGACAUACCAAAAAAAAGGACUGUGAAAAGGAAAAUGAGGGUCACAAACCCGGAGAAAAAGCCAACUGUGGUCGAAUUGAAGACAAGUGCAAUGAUUCUAGUUUUUUUGUAAAUAAGAAAAUGGCCCUGAGUAUGGCUGCUGCUGUUAUGAGUUUGGUGGCAUUUUAG